GAUAGGCGCGUGAGCCAAAAAUUGGCAUUUUUUUUUUAUUUGUUUGUCAACAACAACGAAUUACGUCAAACUUUAAAUGAAUGCGGUUAUUGCGCUGUGCCAUUUUUGCGAGGCGCACGGUCCCUGCGCCAUCUUCUGCACACAGACGCUGCGCGACACCAAAAUCGAGGAUCUGGUGAAUCUGGAGCAGCAGCAGCAGCAACAACAGCAGCCGGGACAAAAGAGUUGCUCCGCCUGCAACUAUACGCUGGGCAGGAACAAUAGCAAUGCCAGCAUUUACAGCAAGGAUACGGAAAGUGGUGCGACAUUUGUGAGCAGCAAGCUGGCCACCAUGCAGGAGGUGGCCAAUCUGGUCAAGCAGGCGGCAGUGCGCAGUCUCAGCUGUGAGAUCAACAGCAAUCGGGAACGGCAUGGAGACGGAAAGGGGAACGGGAACGGCAACGGUGAUGGCGAUGGUGGCUUUGUCUACUUUGGUGACUCCUCGCGUGGUCACAUCUUGAGUCAUACGUUUCGUGUGUGCGAUUUACAGGCACGUGGUUACUAUCAACUCUUCUCGAUUAUAGUGCUGAUGAAGGACAAGUAUUUUCUGUUGAAUACCAAGCCAUUUUUGGCCGAGCACUUGCGCAAGAUCUCGCUGGAGCUGCAGGCGGGUGCACAGCGCACCAAGGCAACGGAGGAGUUGAAUUAUUCGGCAAGACAGCGACGUUUGUCGGGUGCACAGUUCCUGAUGCCAACUCCACGUUCGCUGCUGGAGCUGACCGGGGAGGAGCACAUCUUUGCCCAGCUGCAUUCACACUUUGCCUGGAUACUCUUGGCCGGUUCACGUUUCCUCACCGAACACAUUACCUUUGGCAAUCUGCCCUGGUUGCCGCCACAGAGCAGCGGUCGUCCGCCCGCCCAGCGUCUCACCUACAACAGUUCCACGCUGCCCAUGAUCCAAAUGUACGAGGAUGAUCCGGAACAGGAGGGCUUCUUCUCGCUGCGACACAUUAAGAAGGUGCUGCCCAAGGAUGACUUUGCCACCGUUUGCUAUUGUGCUCUAACUGGCGUCAAGAUCAUUGUACGUGGUGCUCCCGAACGCACAGUGCUCUUCAUGAUGUGCCUGAAGAAGCUGCUGCCGGAGCCAAUGCAGAAACUGAUGCGGAUUGAUGCACAGCAUCAGCAUUCCAUCAGCUCCGAGUACAAGAUCAUCUCCGUCUCCAAUGACAUUGCCGUUCCCAUUGCCAGUAGUUCCGUGUUCCGCAUUGAUUUCCUGGACAAGCAUGUCAAUGGCAACGAUAUCGUCUCCGUCAAGUGGCCAGCAGAAUUGCCCAGAAAAUUGCCUGAUCUCUUGGUGAAGCUGCUGAAGGCCGUCAAGGCUGUGGAGGAGAAGACCUUCACUGAGCUGGUGCUCAACAAACAGACCAAAGUCCUCAUCGAGGAGUGGAAAAACAAAGUGAUUUGCCUGAAUCAUGCCAAGUCCGGAAGCGUUCAGGCCAAGUUGAAGAAGGUGCUGGGAGUACAGCCGCAGGAUCAGCCGCUCCUAAAUUACUGGAGCACGCACUUGCAAUAGUUAUUUAUGUUAUAUAUAUUGUAUAGGAAUGUAUUUUUGGAAUAAACAUAUUGAAUAUAAAUUUAAAU